AUGGCCCCUCCAAAGAUCUUCUCGCUCGAGGGCAAGGGACUCAAGCUGGACACGGCCGCCGAUAUUGAAGCCCAUAUCAAACCCUUAAUCGAGAGUACCGCAUAUACUGAAAUUCGUCUCGGCGGAAACACACUGGGUGUCCCGGCUUCCGAACGUCUUGCCGCCGUCCUUUCCACCCAAAAGAACCUCGAGGUGGCCGAGCUCGCCGAUAUUUUCACAUCCCGUCUGCUCAGCGAGAUCCCAGAUGCCCUUACCUUCCUUCUCAACGCUCUCCUUGAGAUCUCAACUCUCCACACCGUCAACCUUUCCGACAAUGCCUUCGGCGCCAACACCCAAAAACCCCUCGUCGAUUUCCUCUCCCGCCACACCCCUCUUCGGCACUUGAUCCUAAACAACAACGGUAUGGGCCCCGAAGCUGGGUCUAAUAUCGCCAAGGCACUUACAGAACUUGCCGAGCGCAAAGAAGAGGCGCGCAAAGCUGGAAAGGAGGUGCCUCUUCUGGAGAGCAUUGUUUGUGGAAGGAACCGAUUGGAGAAUGGUAGCAUGCAGGCAUGGGCCCGUGCAUAUGAAGUCCACGCGGCUGGCAUUCGCUCUGUGAAGAUGACUCAGAAUGGUAUCAGACAGGAAGGUAUCUCUUACCUGCUGAAGGAGGGUCUUCGACAUGCUAGUGCUCUCGAGGUCCUCGAUCUGCAGGACAAUACAUUUACCGUCACUGGAUCCACUGCUCUUGCGAGCGUGGUUGGUGGAUGGCCUUCUCUUCGCGAACUUGGCGUUGGUGAUUGUUUGCUUUCUGCCCGCGGUGGUAUCAAGGUUGCGCAGGCUCUCGCUGAGGGUAAGAAUGAGAAGGUGGAAACUCUGCGUCUACAGUACAACGAGAUUUCUGCAGCGAGUGUCAAGCAGUUUUUGCAUGCGGCGAAAACAGCGCUCCCUGCUCUACGCCGGAUUGAGCUCAAUGGAAACAAGUUCGAGGAGGAUGAUUAUAGCGUAACUGACUUGCGGGAACUGCUGGAGGCUCGGAAAGAGGAACACGGCAAGGAGGAUGAUCCCGAGGAUAUGUGGGGCAUUGAUGAGCUAGAUGAGUUGGAAGAAGAGAGCGACGAAGAAGAGGAAGAGGAGGAGGAGGAAGAAGAGGAGGUAGAGGAGAAGGCUGAAAAGCUCGUCAAAGACACCGAGAUUGCAGAGAAUGAGAAGGUCGCUCAAGUGGAUGACAAGGAGGUUGACAAGCUGGCAGAGGCUCUGGGAAAGACAGGGCUCUAA